AUGGCUAUCAGUUUGACUGUAGCAAUUGGCGCCAUUGCGGCAACCUAUGUCUUUCUUGUCACUCUUCUUCGGCUCACUCAAGGCCCGAAGGAGCCGCCUUCAAUCAGCGAUGCCAUUCCCUUUGUCACACCAAUGAUCAAUAUGGGUUCCAAAGGGGUGAAUUUUCACAGAUUGAUGAGAGACAAAUACAAUUUGCCGAUAUACACUCUACGGAUGCCAGGCUCACGGCUUUACGUCGUUAAUUCCCCAUCUCUUCUGGGUCCCAUUCAAAAUCAGAUUCGAAAAUUGUCCUUUACCGCCUUUGAGGCAACAAUAGCAGCCAAUGUAUUUGGCGUGAGCAAAGAGAGCAACGCAAUCAUGGGUCGCGACUUGACAAAUGAACAUGGGUACUUGAUGAAUUUUCCCAAGUAUGUUCACCCGGCUUUGAGUGCUGGUGCUGGUCUAGAUGCUAUGAAUCGCAGGGCAAUCGAGGUCAUUGCUCAAUCUCUAGAUGCACAUGUGAGCAAAGGAUCAACAACUAUUAAGUUGUUCGACUGGGUCAGGCACGAGCUACUUUUCGCUUCAACCGAAGCUGUGUAUGGACCCGAAAACCCGUUCCGUGAUCCGAAGAUGGAGAAGGCCUAG